AUGGCGGCCCUCAUCUCGGUGUGCGACUUUGUGCAGCAGGCACAGGAGGACCUCAGCUCGCCCACCACCUCUGCCUUUGCCAGCCACAUGCGCCGCUGCAAGGCCACUGUGAACAGCCUGGAGGAGGCCUUGGAUGCUGACCGAGCUGUGCUGCAGAAGAUGAGGAAAGCGGCCAAGGCAGAGCACAGCUGUGGACAAGACCUCAUCAGCCACCUUGAAGCCCACAUAGCUGCCCAGGAGAAGUUCUCAGCGAACUACCAGCUGGAGAGCGAGGAGCAGCUGGCCAGCGCCUUCAGCACCUUUGCUGCCUUCUCCCGGGAUCUGCUGAUUGCGGUCAGGAGCCUGUGGCAGAGCUUGUACCACAACAUUAACUUUUCCCUGGAUUCGUUAAUAAAGGGUGACAUGAAAGAUCUUAAAGGGGAGUUCAAGAAGCCCUUUGAGAAGGCCUGCAAAGACUACGAGAGCAAACUUGCCAAGAUCGAGAAGGAGAAGCGCGACCUGGCAAAGCAGCACGGCAUGGUGCGGAGCGAGGUGAGUGGGGGGGAGAUCGCCGAGGAGAUGGAGAAGGAGCGUAGGACCUUCCAGUUGAACAUGUGUGAGUAUCUAAUCAAAGUGAAUGAGAUCAAAACCAAGAAAGGGAUUGACCUACUGCAAAACUACAUCAAGCACUGCGCCUCACAGUUCAAUUUUUUCCAGGAAUGUUUAAGCACAACAGCAAAACUCAAGAAGUUUACAGAGAAGCUUGUUCCAGAGCUGCAGAAUAUGAAGAUCAGGCAGGACGAGGAGAAGCAGCAGCUCUGCUCCCUUCGGGACCAGCUGAAAACAGCGUUGCAGCUGGAGCAGAAGGAGAACCCUGAGAACAAGCAGGCAGUGUACAGCAUGCACCAGCUGCAAGGGAACAAGCAGUACGGCACGGAGAAGUCGGGGACCCUCUACAAGAAAAGUGAUGGGUUGAGAAAAGUCUGGCAGAAGAGGAAAUGCACCAUCAGCAAUGGCUACCUAACCAUCUUUCAUGGCAUGCUCAACCGCCCACCAGCCAAGCUGAAUUUACUGACCUGCCAGGUGAAGCCGAACAUGGAUGACAAGAAAUGCUUCGAUGUGGUGUCCCACAACCGCACGUACCGCUUCCUGGCAGAGGAUGAGCAGGACUGUGCCGCCUGGGUGUCCGUCCUCAGCAACAGCAAGGAGGAGGCGCUGAACGUGGCCUUCAGCAAGGCACAGGGUGGAGGGGAGAGCAGCUGGGAGGAGCUGACCCGAGCCAUCAUCAAGGAGGUCAGAGGCAUGCCUGGGAACAGGGAGUGCUGCGACUGCUUGGCCCCAGAUCCCACUUGGCUCUCCAUUAACUUGGGCAUCCUGAUCUGCAUCGAGUGCUCUGGGAUUCACAGAGAGAUGGGUGUGCAUCUCUCCCGCAUCCAGUCACUGUCUCUGGACAAGCUGGCAACCUCUGAAUUACUGCUGGCAAGGAAUAUCAGCAACUCUGGCUUCAACAACAUCAUGGAAGCGAAUCUCCCCAGCUUUUCCCUGAAGCCCACAGUGCACAGUGACAUGACCUUUCGGAAAAAUUUCAUAAUUUCCAAGUACGUCGAGAAGAAGUAUGUCAAAAGGAGCCCUACUGCUCAGUGCUCUAGCCUCCCAGAAGCUGUCAAGGACAAGGACAUAUUUUCCUUGCUGCAAGCGUAUGCAGAGAACGUGGAUUUGAGCGAGCCUGUGCUGGCACCUCUGCAGGAACCUGGGGAGACCAUUCUCCACAUGGCAGUGCUGUUGUCUGAUCGAACCUCUUUGCAUAUUGUCGAUUUUCUUAUCCAGAACAGCGGGAUCCUGGCAAAGCAGACGUCGGAGGGAAACACACCGCUCCACUACUGCUGCUCUCACAACAAACCCGAGUGUGUCAAACUGCUGCUGAAGGCCAAAGCCAAUGUUGCCAUCACUAAUGAAGCAGGAGAAACGGCCCUGGAUGUCGCCAGGAGGAUGAGACAUCCCCUGUGUGAAGAGCUGCUGCUGCAGGCCCAGAGCAAUCAGUUCAACCCCCAUGUCCAUGUGGAGUAUGAGUGGUGGCUAGGCCAAGAUGACAUGUAUGAGAGUGACGAAGACCUGGAUGAGAAGCUGGGUCCUGUGAGGAGGGGGUCUGCCUGUCCCCAGAGCUGCUACCAACCCCCUGCCGCUGCCCCCAGGCUGCAGGCAGCAGGGGUAGUGCCCUGGGGGGGGUGGCCGGGCACCUGCCCCCCACCAGCCGCCCAUCUCCACAGCCUGGAUGUGCCACCGGCCCCUUCCUACGCGCCUCCAUUCCCACCCCAGCAGGCAAAGGCAGCUCCCCAGGGGGCAUAUCUGCCCUUCCUUACCAGCUCACCCAUCAUAGCCGAGGACACAAGAAGCAGGAGGAGCCCAGCCCUGCCUCUGAGCAUCAAGCACAAGCGCACAUCCUCAGAGCCAGCGCCUUGGGUACCGCUCAGCCCUGAGCAGACCAGCCCCAGUAGCCCGACUUCAGGUGCCCUGAAAGCCACGGACCCCCUCUGCAUAUCUGGCCCAAGUGAAGUGGGACAGCCCAGACCACACCAAUCCCUCCAGGAGCCAAAUCCAUGUUCUGGCCGUGCCUGGGAUGUCCCACCUCUUCUUCCUCAGAGGAGCAGUUUGAACAGAGUGCUGCUCCACAGGGUCCGUGCUCUCUAUGACUGUGAUGCUGACCGGGAAGAUGAACUGACUUUCCGUACAGGCGAGAUCAUCGUGGUGUCUGAAAAGGAGGACAGCAACUGGUGGAAAGGGUGGAUUGAAGGACAGCCUCACAGGAAAGGAGUCUUCCCCGUUUCGUUUGUUCAUAUGCUCAACGAGUAGGAGCUGCUUCAAUUCGAGAAGGAAGAUCUGAUCAACGUCUUAAAAUGCAUUCCCCCAAGCUCUCUUCUGCAUCGAGGCUCCCAGGGAUGACUGGGCUGGGAGCACCAGUUCACCCGGUGCUGCUUCUCUCACCUCUGCUGCCCCACCACCGCUGCCCCCCCAGCCAGCUCCUCCUGGGGGCUGGCAGCAGUGCCAGGCUCUCCCUUGACCAGGCAAAGGGAGAACACAGCAACCUGCAUGCUCCUCAGAUGUGCUCCUGCCCCAGCCACAUCCUCAUGCAGCAAUCAGCCCUAGGGCACUCUGCUGCCAAAGGCCCAGCUCCCGCCUUCCCCUGACCACUCUGCCUGGCCCGUGGUGCUCCCUGCUCUGCUCGUGCUGAUGGAAACGAUGGCAGAGCAGAGCAGCGCCCUGCAGGGCUUCGGAGCUGCAAGUGGAGCCAUGCUGGCAUGUACACUCCUGGGAAGGGGGCUUCUGCUGAGGCCUGAGCACUCUGGGAGCUUGGAAAGGCAAACAGGUGCUGUGGAGCCAGCGCCACUGUGAGCCUGUGCUGCCCCUAAUUGCUCCCACCCAGGUUUCAAUGUAUGUGCUCCAGAAAAUGUGCUCUGUAGCAGCUCAGGGCAUUGCUCCUUCAGUGCCUGGCCCCCCAGCAAUGGUGGAGAGGCCCUUUGAGCCCAUGCCAAUAGAUACCAUCUCUUUGGUGCUCUGUUCUGGUUUGAGUUUCUAGAUCCUUCUUUGUGGCUCUCCCUCAGGAGCCAAACCUCCUCACAGGCAUCAUAGUAAAGAGGGCUGACCUCCCCUUGGAAAAAAAAAUA